AUGGGGCGGGGCCAACAUGUUUUCAGGCGUGAUAGGGGCGGGGCUGGGGCGCUAACCGAAAGCUCCGGGCACGGGGCCUUAAAGUUUGCCAGAGUUGGAAGAACCCCCCAGUGCUGCGUCCAGAUUCCGCAGGGAGCUUUUCCGGGUCUGUGGCCCCAGCUGGCCAGGAAAAUGGCGGCCACCCUGGAUCUGAAAUCAAAGGAGGAGAAGGAUGCUGAAUUGGACAAGAGGAUCGAAGCCCUUAGGCUGAAGAAUGAGGCCCUUAUGCGGCGCUACCAGGAGAUCGAGGAGGACCGUAAGAAAGCGGAACUUGAGGGUGUGGCUGUGACAGCGCCCCGGAAGGGCCGCUUGGUGGAGAAGGAGAAUGUGGCGGUGGAGGAGAAGACCCUGGGUCCCUUCAGGAGGUCUCAUGGGACUCCUCGGCCUCAAGGGCCCAGCAAAGGGAGCCGGACACCCCCACACAGAGGAGGCCGGGCUGGCGCCGGCCGGGCAACCCACAGCUGGGAGGAGAGUCCUGGGGAGCAGUCUCGUGGAGGAGCUGGGAGCCACAGCCGUAGGGGCCGGGGCAAGGGGGCCCCUCAUCUUUCUCGGGCUGGAGAUACCCCCACUGCCACUGCUGACCGCAAAUCCAAGGAAUGGGAGGAGCGGCGCCGGCAGAAUAUCGAGAAGAUGAACGAGGAGAUGGAGAAGAUAGCAGAAUACGAGCGCAACCAGAGGGAGGGGGUGCUGGAGCCCAAUCCUGUGCGGAACUUUCUGGAUGACCCCAGGCGCCGUGGUGGACCCCUAGAGGAGCCUGAGCGGGACCGCCGGGAGGGCAGCCGCCGGCACGGGCGCAACUGGGGGGGCCCUGACUUUGAGCGGGUGCGACUGGAGCCUGAGCGGCAGGGCCGCCGGGCUGGCCUGGGAGGUGCCGGUGAUAUGACGCUGUCCAUGACUGGCCGGGAACGCCUGGAGUACCUGCGCUGGAAGCAGGAGCGGGAGAAGAUCGAUCAGGAGCGGUUGCAGAGGCACCGGAAGCCCACCGGCCAGUGGCGGCGGGAGUGGGAUGCUGAGAAGACCGAGGGGAUGUUCAAGGAUGGUCCAGCUCCUGCCCUGGAAUCAUCCUCCCGAUCUGAUGACCAACCCUGGGCCCGGCCUCCCAAACCCCCUACUUUUGGGGAGUUCCUGAGUCAGCACAAAGCUGAAGUCAACAGCCGCAGAAGAAGGAAAAGCAGCCGGCCUCAGGCCAAGGCGGUCCCCCGUGCCUACAGUGACCACGAUGACCGAUGGGAGACAAAGGAGGUAGCAUCCCCAGCCCCUGAGCUCCCCCAGCCCACUCCCCCUGAGGAACCACAAACACAGCCACCCAAGGCCCUGGCCCCUGCCCACCAGCCUCCUGAGGACGAGGGGGAGGAGGACGAAGGGGAGGAGGACGAGGGGGAGGAGGACGAAGAGGAGUGGGAGGACAUCAGUGGGGAGAGUGAGGAGGAGGAGGAAGAAGAGGAUGCUGAGGAGGAAGAAGAACCUUCCCUAGAACAUCCCCAAGAGCCUGAACCUGCUGGGCACGCUGCCAGUGAACCAGCCGACCCAGCCCCUCCCAGGCCCCAGGAGCCCCCAGCACUUAGUCAGGCCCCCACCUCGCCGAGCAGCCCUUUCUUGCCACCUGGGGGCCACCAAGCUGUGUCUGACUGGGGAGGUGACCAGCCAGCCCCUGCCUCCCCGGAGAGUGGGCCCAGCCUACCCGGAAACCAGAAAGCUGAAGAGGAAGAGGGGUCUGAGGCACCUUCAGGUGGGGAACGCGAGGCAUGCCCUGAGCCCCAAGAGAUGGCGGAAAUCACCGACUUCCAGAGGGUGCGUUUCUGCAAGGUGGUGGCGGCAGCCUCACCCCCGGGGGCUGCCCGCUGA